GUGUGUGUGUGUGUGUAUAAAUAAACUAUUACGUGUGUGUAAGUAAUUAUUUGUUGAAGUGAAAGAAGAAAGAGGGAAAAUGGAGGAGAAAAGAGGGAUGUUCAAGAUGACUCGAAAUUGUUACAGAGCAGUGAUUAAAGAACAAUGGAAGAAAGCAGCAGAGGAAUUUACUAACGAAGAAGAAGUGAGGUCAAAGUUACAAUUUCCGGUGACGAGCCAGAACGACACGGCAUUGCAUCUGGCGGCAUACAGCGGUGGGGAAGAGCCAACUAGGACACUAUUAUUGCUGGCGACAAAAUUGGAAAGAGAAGAAGAUAUAGAAAAAGAAGAAACUGAAGAAGUAUUUUGGAAGAACAACGAGGGAAACACGCCGCUACACGAGGCUGCGACGAUCGGGAACUUGGCAGCCGUUAAGCUUCUAGUUGAAUACAAGAAAAAGGAUAUGUUGGUGAAGAACAUUUAUGGAGAAACGCCGCUGUAUAGAGCUGCUAAACAUGGACAGUUUCACAUUGUUGAAUAUCUUUUGGAUAAUUGUGAAGAUUCGUAUACUCGUUCUCCUUCCAAUUGGACUGCUGGUCAUGAUGAUGCUCCGAUCAUUCAUGCCGCCAUUCAAAGUGAAAAUUUUGAGGUGGUUUGGAAGUUGAUAGAUUUUGAUGAGUCGUUGUUGAAGAUGAAGAAUUCACAGGACGAGACGGCUCUCCAGGUGCUAGCAAACAUGCCCCAUGUUUUUGAGAGUGGAUUCGCUAUGACAUUAGUAGAGCGUUUUGUCUACUGGUUGCUUCCAAACAAGAACAUUUACGAAUACAAAUUUUGUAAUUUUGGAUCUUUUGACAACAAUCAUAAAAGUUCAACUACGAAAAAUUCGAAGAAUGAAGAUUUGGAAGCGGGAUCUAACCCAAAUUGUUGUCGCCCUUCGCAUUGCUGGCUAUAUUUUAUACAUGGUUUGAAGUGCUUGUUUUGGAGACUCAUCAUAUUAGGGUGGCCACAAUGGGAAGAGUUGUACAAGAAAAAGCAAAAACAUAAAUCAGUUGUAACCUUAGUUUGGAUGCUGGCAAACUUAGAUGAUUCAUGGUUCCAAUGUAAACAACACCCUGAGAACACUAAAUUGCUUCCAAUCUUUAGAGAUCAAUAUUUAGAAGACCAAAAUGCAGAUGAUAAAAGUAUGAUAUACAAGGACCAUCAUGAGAUGCCAUUGUUACUAGCCACGGCUAGGGGAAUAAUUGAGGUCGUCAAAACAAUCAUCGAAGUUGAUCCGCAAGCAGUCGACUACGUGACUGCCCAUAACAGAAACAUUCUACACAUGGCCAUUGUGCAUCGACAAAAAAAGGUUUUGGAUUGGCUUGAGAGUCAAAAACUAGUAAUAGCUAGAUUGGUCAAAAGGACCGACGUAAAGGGUUUCACAAUAUUGCACCAGGUUGGAAUCACUAAAUUCCUUCACCAACACCACCAUGGCCCGGCUCUACAACUUCAACAUGAGCUCAUGUGGUUCGAUCGCGUCCAUAAAAUGGUCCCUCCCCUAUAUGCCACGCACCACAACAACGCUGGAUGGAAACCGCGUGAAUACUUCGAUGAAACACACAAGAAAAUGCUUGACAGUGCCAAAGAAUGGCUCAAGAAAACCUCCGAGUCUUGCUCCGCCGUUGCUGUUCUAGUUGCGACUGUUGUCUUUGCAGCAGCUUUUAGUGUUCCUGGUGGUCUCAAUGAUAAAACUGGCUCUCCUGUCCUCCUCACCCAACCUUUGUACAUGGUGUUCACAGUCAUGGAUAUUGCUGGACUCACCACAUCACUUUGCUCGGUCGUUAUGUUUCUCUCGAUUUUGACUUCGUCGUUUAGGAUGGAUGAUUUUCGACAUACAUUACCAAUGAAAUUGUCGUUAGGAUUUCAGUUGUUGUUUUUCUCUAUCGCGUGUACAAUGAUGGCAUUUGCUCUAGCAGUCGUGUUGACGAUGAAAUCCACGGAGAUGAAGUGGGCAGUAAGUUUUUUGUAUUUGGCGACAUUUUUGCCGGUGUCAGUGUUUAUGAUAAUUCAACUCCCCUUGUACAUAGAACUGGUGAAGAAUGUGUGUAGUUAUCGGCCAUUUCUUUUAGACAUUCUUCCAAUGGGUUUGGUCACCCCAUUUUUACAACUUCGGUCAAAAUUUAUGAGUAAGAAAUUUACAUGAUUUUUCAUGGGUCACCCAAUUCUUACUUUAUUACCCACGGUUUUAAAUAAAUCUUAAGUUUGUCACAUAUAAAACGAUGUUCCAAAAGUUUGGAUCUUUUUUCCCCUCUUGCAAAUGUCACUGUGGAUUUAUGUUUACUUUUGUGCUUGGGACUGUAUAUAAAAUAAUGCAUUAUAUGAACAUUUGGAUGUGUUGUAUA